UCCUGCAAACUGCAAUACAAAUAUAAAGCAGGGUGAACUUGGGAAGAAUACAACUCUAUUAUCCAAUUUGAUUCCCCGUCAAGACUAAAACAUGUCCGCCAAAUGGAGAGCCAUUCAGCAUCGCCACCGCUACACUUACAGCUCCGUCGUCUUCCCUCCUUACUUCAUUGACGCAUUAAAUCAAACACCUUCUCUACCCUUCUUUUCCCAACUCAAACACCUCUCCUCUCUUAACUCCACCUAUUCCCAAGUCGAACACGCCAAGAACGUAGUUUCAGCUUUCACUGACUUGCUCUCAAAUCCAAACGCCGACGCUGCCACAAGUGUUCUUGCCUCGAAAUUCUACUUGGAAAUUCUUUUCUUCGAGAACUCGUUGCCUUUGCACAGAACUUUAGCUUCUGGUCUGGCAAAAGCGAAGCACUUUCAUGGUCUUCUGAAAGACUGCUUUCGGCAACUUUGUGAGGAGUAUGGAGGUGGAGAUGGGAAUGGGAAGGGAAAGAGGUUCUCCGUUUCGCGGGCGGCGUUGUCUAUGAUGAGCACCCCCAAGUUGGGAUAUUUAGUUGAGGUUGUGGAGGAAUGUGCGGUUUUGGUGGGUUUGGAUGUGGUUUCUGGGUUGGAUGCCGUGGUUUCAGAGACCAAUGAUUGGUCUAGGCCUUCACCUCUCGUCAUGGAGCAGUGUCAGGAGGCUCUUUCUUGCAUAUAUUACUUGCUUCAGCGUUUUCCCACCAAGUUCUCUGAUGGAGGUGAACGUCAGGAUGGCUUUUUAGCAAUGGUUUUUGUGACUGUUUUGAGCAUUUUGAAGUCGCUGGCAUUCUCAAGGGACUGUUUUGUGGCGGCUGGGGUGAGUUUCUGUGCGGCUCUGCAGGUAUGCCUCAGUCCUGAAGAGCUCGGCUUGUUUAUCAUGGAAGGCAUUUUUAUGCAGACUUCCGUCAUUAGUUGUAAGAUUAAAUUUCAGGAUGUGAAUAGCAAAAUCCCCUAUAAAGGGGAUAUGGUCAAUGAAAUUUCCAAGUUUACAGCACUCAGUCGACUUUGCUUGAUUAGGGGUAUUCUUACUGCAGUUUCAAGAACUGUUCUUAGUUCCAGUUUUGUUGUGUCGACUUGUGAUUUCGAAAAUGAUAGCGCAUCUGGGGAUAGUACUCUGAUAAAAACCAUACUCUAUGAUAGCAUUUUGCCUGAGCUGUGUAACUAUUGCGAGAACCCUACAGAUAGUCAUUUUAAUUUUCAUGCGUUAACAGUAAUGCAGAUCUGCUUUCAGCAGAUUAAAACAUCAAUGCAAAGUAAUAUUGGUGAUUUUGCAGAAUCUUAUAAUCCGCUAUCUGAACAAAUGGGGCGUAGAAUACUGAGGACCGUAUGGAAUAAUUUGGAAGAUCCCUUAAGUCAGACAGUCAAACAAGUUCAUCUGAUUUUUGACCUCUUCCUAGACAUUCAGGCUAGCCUUCUUUGGGCGGAGGGUGGUGAGAAAAUUAAGUUGUUUCUGCGGGAGAUUGCAUCUGAUCUUCUUUGCCUGGGACCCCGCUGCAAGGGGAGGUAUGUUCCUCUGGCUUCCCUGACAAAGAGGUUGGGAGCGAAAACCAUCCUAGCUAUGAGUCCUGACAUACUAUUCGAAACAACAAAGGCUUAUGUCGAUGAUGAUGUCUGCUGUGCUGCCACAACAUUUCUUAAGUGCUUUCUUGAGUGCUUGCGCGAGGAAUGUUGGUGUAGUGAUGGUAUUGAAAAUGGUUAUGCUAAAUACCGAGGUGAUUGCUUGCCCCCUUUCUUGUAUGGGCUUGCUUCUGGAGUUGCAAAGCUACGCUCAAACGUGAAUACUUAUGCUUUGCCGAUAUUGCUUGAACUGGAUGUGGAUGGAUUAUUUCCGAUGCUUGCUUCUAUUGGUGUUAAACUGGUUGAGGAUGACACUGAAAUAGUUUAUCCUGAGCUCCAUUAUACAGAGAUGUAUUUAGGGCUGGAACAGCGAGUGGCCAUUUUGGUUUCCUUGCUCAGGGUUUCUCGUUCGAUUGCUUUGAUUGAAGGUGACAUUGAUUAUGUUUCUGAAUCUUUCGAAGUUUCAGAGAAUAAUAGAAAAUAUGAUAUGCAUUCGUUUGUCUGUGUCAGGGGAAUUAAAGUUACGAUCCCAGUCAAAUGGCUAGUUUUGGCACUUAGCCAUACUGAUGAGUCACUUCGCACAGAUGCAGCAGAAUUUCUUUUCUUAAACCCAAAGACAGCAAGCCUUCCAUCCUCUUUGGAGCUUAGCCUGCUGAAGGAAGCUGUGCCAUUGAAUAUGAGAUGUUGUUCUACUGCUUUUCAGAUGAAAUGGACCAGUAUGUUUAGGAAGUUUUUCUCUCGUGUUCGAACUGCCUUGGAGAGACAAUACAAGCAGGGAAACUGGUAUCCUUAUGGGUCAGAAGCUAACGUUGGAGUUGCAUCCAGAAAUGGAACCAGAGAAAUAGUAGUAGAAAUGGCAGAUGAUCUGUUUAAUCUAAUGAAGUGGUUGAGUUACUUUUUUUUCUUCUCUUGCUACCCUUCUGCUCCUUAUGAGAGGAAGAUAAUGGCCAUGGAGCUUAUAUUGGUAAUGUUGAAUGUCUGGUCUGUCAUGCCACCAUCAAAAGAAAAUCAUUGUGCUCUUUCUUCUGAAACAAGUCUGUAUCCUUACAGUAAGGGCUUUAUUUUAGCUGAUUCAGCCUUGCUACUGGUUGGAUCGAUUAUUGAUAGCUGGGAUCGUUUGAGAGAGAAUUCGUUUCGUAUUCUACUGCAUUUUCCUACCCCGCUUCCUGGCAUUUGUAGUCCAGAUGAGAUCCGAGUAGCAAUUAUAUGGGCAAAGAAGCUAGUCUGCAGUCCACGUGUGAGAGAAUGUGAUGCUGGAGCUCUGACUUUACGUCUUAUAUUUAGAAAGUAUGUCUUGGAGCUUAAUUGGAGUGUUCAAUUGUCACUUGAUUUUGUCUCUUGUCAUGGCCAGGUAGAGCUGCCAGAUCGCAGGCUUGAAAUUCUUACACAUCGCUCGCCUGCAGUAGAAUAUGUGAGGUCGCUGGUUGAUUGGUUGCUCAUUACUGUGGAAGAUGGUGAGAAGGAUCUUUCAGAAGCAUGCAAGAAAAGCUUUGUUCAUGGUGUCCUGCUUACUCUUCGAUAUACAUUUGAGGAACUGGAUUGGAAUUCCACAGCCGUUUUGUGCUGUAUUGCUGAGAUGAAACUUGUAUUGGAGAAGCUAUUGGAAUUAAUUAUGCGAAUAACCUCUCUCGCCCUAUGGGUAGUCUCAGCAGAUGCAUGGCAUUUGCCAGAAGACAUGGAGGACAUGGUGGAUGAUGAUCGUUUUGACAAGGAAGUUAUGUCUAAGGUUGCAGUGGAAAAUGUGAUGGAGAAUGAGAAGCUUGUGCAAGAUGCCAGGUCAUCAGAACAGAUUGUUAUGGUUGGUUGCUGGCUUGCUAUGAAAGAGGUAAGUCUUCUUUUGGGAACUAUAAUACGGAAAAUUCCUUUGCCUACUGUGGAUGCAUCAAAGUCUAAUGCUUUUGAUGGCAAUGGUGAUUAUGUAUCAGUGUCUGAUGGGGUGCUUGAUAUGAAGCAACUUGAGACAAUUGGAAGCCACUUUUUGGAAGUCCUUCUGAAAAUGAAGCAUAAUGGUGCAAUUGAUAAAACAAGGGCUGGAUUCACUGCUCUUUGCAAUCGUUUACUUUGUUCGAACAAUCCGAGACUUUGCAAAUUAACAGAAUCCUGGAUGGAACAACUUAUGGAAAGAACAGUGACAAAGGGACAAACUGUAGAUGACCUACUGCGGAGAAGUGCUGGUAUUCCAGCUGCAUUUACUGCUAUCUUCCUUGCAGAGCCCGAGGGUUCCCCAAAGAGACUUCUGCCAAGGGCACUGCGAUGGCUGUUAGAUGUAGCCAACAAGUCUUUACUGGAACAGACUAAAGCAAGCAACUGCACUAAUGACUCAGCUGAUGCCCUUUUGACAAAUUCAAGUCAAGUUGGUCAAUUCGUUAUGCCCCUUGGGAUGGAUGCAAAAGAGAAAAUCUCAAAGAUCCGGGAUGAGGGUGUUGUCCCAACUGUCCAUGCAUUCAAUGUCCUUAGAGCCGCUUUUAAUGAUAGCAACCUGGCAACUGAUACAUCAGGCUUUUCAGCCGAGGCUUUGAUUUAUUCCAUACGCUCUUUCUCUUCGCCGUACUGGGAGGUGCGGAAUAGUGCCUGUCUUGCAUAUAGUGCUUUGAUUCGUCGCAUGAUUGGAUUCCUUAAUGUACAGAAACGAGAAUCAGAAAGGCGUGCUCUAACAGGGCUUGAAUUUUUUCACAGGUACCCUACACUGCACUCUUUCCUAUUUCAUGAACUUAAAAUUGCAACAGAGUCGCUUUUGGAUGGGUCUUCUGGACAACAAGGAUCUAAUUUGGCAAAACUUGUGCACCCAAGCUUGUGCCCAAUUCUGAUUCUGUUGUCACGGCUAAAACCUUCAGCAGUUACAAGUGAAGCUGGGGACAGUUUGGACCCUUUCAUAUUCUUGCCAUUCAUCAGGAAGUGCUCUGUCCAAAGCAAUUUCCGUAUCCGAAUUCUUGCUUCCAGAGCUCUAACGGGCCUGAUAUCGAAUGAGAAAUUGCCCAUUGUGCUGCUUAAUAUUGCCUCUGAGUUACCUUGCACAAGGAAUGUCUCUUCUGAUGCAUCCAACUCAAUUGACACACAAAAUGGUACUUGCCAUACUUUUAAUUCACUUCAUGGGAUGCUGCUGCAGUUGAACACGCUUCUCGAUAACAAUUGUAGAUGCCUUGCUGAUUCCUCCAAAAAAGAUGCAAUUCUGAAGGAUCUGAUUGAAAUUCUUGCAAUACGUUCAUGGAUUGGUAAGUUUCAACUCUGCCCUUGCCCUAUCCUGAAUAGCUGCUUUCUUGGGGUACUGGAUAACAUGCUCAGUGUUGCAACAACGUGUCAAAUGAGCAGAAGUAUUGCUGCUAUUUGGAACCUCGUAUGGGAGUUAUCUUCAGAAUUUUUGGAUUUAGAAGAACCUCAGAAAUUGUCAUAUCAUGAUCCAACUAUUGUAGAACUUCGCAAACAAGCAGCAGUGUCAUAUUUCAAUUGCUUAUACAAAACGUCUAAGGAAAUUGCUGAAGAGGAUAUUUUGAUGCCUGGAACAUGUUCCUCAACUGCUUCAAGUUUGUUAAGAGUAUCUGAUUUGGACAGUGCUCUCUCAAGAUUUCAGGAAAGGCUGAGAGGCUGCAUGUCUGACACAUCAUACGAAGUUCGUCUUGCAACUUUCAAGUGGCUAGUUUUAUUUCUGAAAUCAGCAGGAUUAAAAAUUGAAGGAGGCAAUUCAUCUUCUCAUGAGAUCAAGACAUAUUUGUUGUACAAUAUUGAUCUCCAGAAAAAACUAGUGGAGCUUCUAGCGACCGAGAAUAACCAUAAAUGCACAUAUUACAUUCUUAAAAUUAUCUACAUGUGGAACAUGUUGGAAUGUGAAGAAAAAGGUGAACUAGAUGUCAGCCUUGGAUCAAUUGGUGUGGAUCGCAGUUCAUUGUGGUGGUUUUGGGACAAGUUAGUGUCCAUGUACAAGGUCACUAGACAUUCAAAGAAUCGACAAGUGCUCAUCUGCUGCAUGGGGAUAUGUGUAAAGCAGUUUGCUAGCAUAUUCUCAAGCUUUGUUUGCUCUAACAUGAAGAAGGAAGAGAUAGCCAUAUCCAGCCGAUAUGAUCUUGAUGGGAGACUCUCCAAGUUUUACGAUUGCAUCAAUUAUUUUGUUGAACUAAUACAACUACACAGUUCUGCAUCAGAGCCUGUAAAUAUGCGGAACGCAGCUGCAGAAUCAAUAGUUGCAUCUGGUUUACUUGAUCAUGCAAAGAUAGUUGGUUCUUUAGCCUUCAGUAACAGCAUUCCAGGCGAAAAUCCUAGUUCAGAAUUCAAAGUAGAGGAGGUUGUGAACAUAUAUGGCCAUAAGAUUCUGAAUCUAUGGUUGACAUGCGUAAGACUUUUGGAGGAUGAAGAUGUGGAACUCAGAAGGAAGCUUGCCCUUGAUGUUCAGAAGAGUGUUACAUCCACAACGUGUCAAAAUGUUGAACUGGUUCCCAGCCAAGUGGAGAAGGUUAUUGAGAUGAGUUUUGACCAUCUCUCUUCAAUCUUUGGUCACUGGAUUGACUACUUUGAUAGUCUCUGCAAUUAUGUUUUUAAUGCUGUAAACUCUGUGGUCAGUGUUGUGCCAAGAGGAGACCUUGUGAGACGUGUUUUUGACAAGGAGAUUGAUAACCAUCAUGAAGAAAAGCUAUUGAUCUGUCAGAUUUGUUGCUCUCACUUGGAGAAGCUUCCAAUUUCUAAAUCUUGGGCAGCUAACUCCUCUGACAAUCACAGGGUAAGGGACCUUUUACGUGGUUGGAGGAGGAGAUUUUGCCACUACUUGACAUCAUUUGCCAAUGACUCUAUUGGCCGACGGGAAGUUGAUUGGAUUGGUGGCGCCGGUAACCAUAAGGAUGCAUUUUUACCCUUGUAUGGAAAUUUACUAGCCUUCUUUGCCCUGUCAAAUUGUAUCUUUGAGGGGGAGAAAGAGAGGAGCAAGUCCAUGCUAGAUGAAGUUUCUGUGCUUGGCAGGACUCUGCGUCCAUUUCUUAGAAACCCGAUGAUAUGCAACCUAUAUUUGUUAGUGAUUGAUUCACAUGAGAAAAUGGUCGGCGCAACUGCUAGUGAUAUGAACAAAAGCUUGAUAGGAAAUUCUUCCGACUGGGAAGGUUUCAAUCCUUAUUUUCUCCUUAGGUGUGAAGUAUAAUCUUUUGUAAUUCUAAUUCCAUGAUCUGUACGCAAAGGGAUCGCAGCCAUAUCUUUUGGGAGUUAGGAGCCUCCCAAAGUUGUAGAGACCUUUUGAGUUUGCUACAUAUCUAAUACAUGUAUAACUUACUCUAUAAUUUCCGCGAAUAUCUCUUAAU